AUGCGCAGCUGUCUUUCUGCAAACAUGUCAUGCAGUUCCAAGACAAUGCAUCUGCGGCGUUCAUAUAACGUCACAAGGCAGGUACCAACAAUAAUCAUCCAGGGUGCUGGAGACAAUGCCAUAAUUAUUGCACCAACAGCGAACAGAAAAUCAGCCACCAGAAUCAAUAAUUUUUGCCCGAACUUGUCAUUAAUUCAUCCACCUACUGCAGCGCCUACUAUUGCUCCUGCAACAGCCACGCUCAAGAUAGUUUCCUACAAUAUAGCAAAGGAGGGCACCAGAAAUAACACCUGCAGCCCAAUAUCCUGCUAA